UCCAAAACCCCGUAGAAUUGAAGUCUGAUCAGAAUUCAAAACCCUAGAACUCGAAAAUCCAGUUUCAAUCUCCGAUCAGUACGCAAUGGCGAUACUCUCCGAGUACGAAGAAGAAGACCAGAAGAAGCCGACGUCAUCAGCUCCUCCGGCUCGGAAGCCGUUCAGCGUCGGUCUCGAUCCGUCGGAUCCGUUAGGGUUUCUGGAGAAGGUUUUCGAAUUCGUCGCGAAGGAGACCGACCUGUUCAAGAGCGAUUCUUUGGUGAAGGAUGUGAAUGCGGUGGUGAGAAUGGUGAAGGACAAAGUGGAGGCGGAGGAUAAGAAGAUGAAACAAGUGAAAAUUGAAGAAAACCUUGCGGCAGAGAAGAAGAUUAAUGCGGCGGUGGCGCCGCCUCCGGUGAAAAAGGAGGAGGUGAAAAAAGAAGUUGUCAAGGAGGAGGAGAAGGAAAGCGGGAGUGGAGUGGAAGAAGAGCAAAAUGGGCGUCGAGCUCCAAACAAAGGCAAUGGCCUUGAUAUGGAUACAUACUCUUGGGCUCAAUCUCUACAGGAGGUCAACAUAACUGUUCCCGUUCCUCCUGGAACAAAGUCCAGAUUUGUUACAUGUGAAAUAAAGAAGAAUCGUAUUAAAGUUGGGCUCAAGGGUCAGCCACCAGUUCUUGAUGGGGAUCUCUUCGAAUCUGUUAAGGUUGAUGACUGCUUCUGGAGUAUAGAGGACCAAAAAUCUAUUUCCAUUCUCCUGACAAAACAAAACCAGAUGGAAUGGUGGAAGUACUUGGUGAAGGGUGAGCCGGAGAUUGAUACACAGAAAGUAGAACCUGAAAACAGUCGAUUGGCUGACCUGGAUCCUGAAACACGUUCUACUGUGGAAAAAAUGAUGUUUGACCAGCGACAGAAACAAAUGGGCCUUCCAAGCAGUGACGAGAUGCAAAAGCAAGAAAUAUUGAAGAAGUUCAUGGCUGAGCAUCCUGAAAUGGACUUUUCAAAAACGAAGUUUAACUAGAGGAUUGACCGCCCAGCUGGAUUCUUAAUGAAAUGCAUUGGUGGAUGGAAACAAACUGGAUAGUGUCGAUCACUUAAGUUGCUUCUUGCUUGAAUUUUGAUAGUUGCAAUUUUCCCAUCCACAAGAGGUUUUGCUUGUGAGUUUUCAUGGUUAACUUUGCUGCUGCCUCUUUUUUGUGUCCAUAUGACGCGUAAACUUUGUCGAAUUAAAUGAUACUAUUUUGUGGUAAUUUGCAUUACUUUUGGAUAUUUCUUUUGGAUCGAGUAACGAGAGACCAAGAAUGAAAGUUUUUUUGUGAAUUUAUGUUUACCGGGGCCAA